CUUUCCAGAAAGGCGGGCGGAGCCGGAAACCAAACAAACAUCUUCGGAGAGACUCGGGGCGGGACAGACGGUAGCGAACUGGCUCCCAGGGCCCAGGCCUUCUGCUGAGUUGGUUUUUUGGUUGUUGGUCUCAGCGGCCAGGCCCUCCGCGGUCGGGCUGAGACGUGCGGAGCAAUGGCGACUUUUGUGAGCGAGCUGGAAGCGGCCAAGAAGAACUUGAGCGAGGCCCUGGGGGACAACGUCAAACAGUACUGGGCCAACUUAAAGUUAUGGUUCAAGCAGAAGAUCAGCAAAGAAGAGUUCGACCUGGAGGCUCACAGGCUUCUCACACAGGAUAAUGUCCAUUCCCACAAUGAUUUCCUCCUGGCCAUUCUGACGCGUUGUCAGAUUUUGGUUUCUACACCAGAGGGUGCUGGAUCUUUACCCUGGACAGGGGGCUCUGCAGCCAAGCCUGGAAAACCCAAGGGAAAGAAGAAGCUUUCUUCAGUUCGUCAGAAAUUUGAUCAUAGGUUUCAACCUCAAAAUCCCCUCUCGGGAGCCCAGGAGUUUGUGCCAAAGAAUCCCCCGGAUGAUGACGACUUGAAACUUUGUUCCCACACGAUGAUGCUCCCCACCCGCGGUCAGCUGGAAGGGAGGAUGAUAGUAACCGCUUACGAGCAUGGGCUGGACAACGUCACCGAGGAGGCAGUCUCUGCUGUUGUCUACGCAGUGGAAAAUCACCUUAAAGAUAUUCUGACAUCAGUUGUGUCAAGAAGGAAAGCUUACCGGUUACGAGAUGGUCACUUUAAAUAUGCCUUUGGUAGUAAUGUGACUCCACAGCCAUACCUCAAGAAUAGUGUAAUAGCUUACAACAGUUUAAUAGAAAGCCCUCCAGCCUUUUCUGCUCCUUGUGCUGGUCAGAAUCCAGCCUCUCACCCGCCACCCGAUGACGCCGAGCAGCAGGCUGCCCUCCUGCUGGCGUGCUCUGGGGACACACUGCCCGCGUCUUUGCCUCCGGUCAACAUGUACGACCUUUUUGAAGCUUUGCAGGUCCACAGGGAAGUGAUCCCCACACACACUGUGUAUGCCCUCAACAUUGAGCGGGUCAUCAUGAAGCUCUGGCACCCAAACCAUGAGGAGCUGCAGCAAGACAGAGUUCACCGCCAGCGCCUGGCAGCCAAGGAGGGGCUCUUGCUCUGCUGAGUUAGAAUCUGGGGGUAUGAAGCCCUCAGCAAAUUAGUAUUGAGAGUUGAAUGUUUUUGGGGUUCACAUUUCAAGGCUGAAGUGUAUAGUGUAUAUAUAACCUUUCCUAUGGAAAUGUGUGACAUAGACUACAUUUUGUGUUGCUACUGUGAAGCCAUCAACAUAAACCUGACUGUGAUGAUGACCCAAGUAUCUGUGUGUGCGUCACUUCAGUUAUGGGAGUGAGAAUUGAGUGAGUUCUGGAGAUGUUCAGGCAUCUGGGACUUAGUGUCCUGUGGUCUGCAGGUGAGGGGGAUGACAUCCUAGAAAAAAGAAGCCGUUAUCACUUAGUCCCCAUGAUCAGCAGGACAACCACAUCAUAUAUUCUGUAUCUGGCAAGUCUAAAAUUUCUGUCUUUCUCACGUGUUUUGACUGAAAUAACCUACACAGUGUUAAGUCACAUACCUCCUUGAGUGACCAGUUCAAUUUUUAAUAACUGUAAGUAGGCCCCCCAAGAUUCAUCGUUACAACUCCACAGAGAAUAUGACUUGGCAAUGCUGUGUUAAUAGACAAAGUCCUUUCUUAGCAUUAAAAAACAAAAUAAAAAUCUUAGAAUGCAAUUAACCUUGUAAACUGUCUCCCUUCACUCGUUUCUUUCAGUUUCACAGAGUUAAGACUUUGAUUAGUGGGUUCAUCUAAUUAAUUAUUCCUGUAGAAUAUGUUUUAAGAAGUACUUAGAACCAGAUUGGAUUUGUGCUUGGUAAUUCCCAUCUGUUUCUACCCUUUCAAGUCAUAAAGUGAAGGUAAUUUACAUUUCACAGUGUUACUGGUAUCUUUUUUGAAGAGGUAUGUUGUUCUUUACUGAAGAUACAGUGUUGGUGAAUGAAGUAGAAUGUACAGAUGGAUUUGUGGAGGUCUUUUUUUUUAAAUAAUGUAUAUAAUGAUUAAAUGUCUGGAUCUGUGGAUUUGAUUUCAUACUUUAAAUGUGACAAAUAAACCUUUUGGGAGAAAACAA